UCGCCAAAAAUUUUUGUGGGUGGGUUCAAUGUGAAUGAAAAAGAAGCUGAAGAGAACGAAGAAGAAAUCGAUGAAAUGAUGUUUCUCGACGAUUCGGAGAUCGCUGUUGACAAUGCCUUGCUACAUAUAAUUCUCACAGGGAUUGGCGAUGAUACGGCUGGAGUCCGCAAAUACUCUCUCAUGGCACUGCAAGUUUUCUUUUCUUCUCUAGAGCAACCUAACGAAGUCGCGAAUGCUGUGGAGUGUGUGAAAGACCGUUGUUUAGACAGCUCUUUGAUGGUAAGGAAGCAAGCAGCGGAAGUACUUAGCUAUCUUUUCAGCACAUCGUCGCAACAUUGGUGUGCCGUUCUUCCCAUGGUUAACGAUAGUGAGCAAAGUGUUCAACAGUUAAUCUCGCAGACUGUAACGGUGGAACCCCAGAAGGCUGUAUCAGCAUGGUAUGCUCUUGAAGAUGACGAUCAAAACAGUAGAGUUCGCUAUGUAACGCAAGUGCUCGCGAGAGGUUCUGCUAGUAUCACAAAAAAUGACAAGAAAAGCCUGAUAGAUGACUUCGAAGACAAGAUCGCUAAUUUUAGAAUUCACGCGCCAAACAUCUCCUCCGCUUAUUGUUGUCUCGCUGAAUUGUUGGAUGGUGUUCGAGAAGAAGGCACAGGAAAAAAUAGGCUCAGAAAUUUCGGUAAACAUGUAUUGAAUACUUGCCGCUUGAAAAUCCGUGAGUCCCUUCUUGCAAUAGAGGAGGAAUUAGAUGAAGGAAACAAUCAAAGUUUAACGCUUCGCGAAAUCCUUCUGAUUCGUAUGGUCGUCACGAUUGGGGAGGUAGUCCAGCUAUCUCCGGAACUCAUGCGCGCGGGCCUUCGUCACUUUGACGCACUGAAAACAGUGUUGGCUUCCGACAUUUUCAACGAUGACGAACUUCCGGUUAUCAACUCUGCUGUUCCAUCAAUUGCUCCUUCGCCGUCUUCCUCUCGCGCUCCUUCACCAGCUCCAUCUGUUGUAGUAAGUUCUGAAUAUAAUGGGAAGAGUGGGCCAGUGAUUCCUCAGCAUAUUGUCAAAGAGGCUAUGAGUAACCGACGCCCGCUCCUCACGGCCCCUGUGCGAGCAUACGCUGUUUGCACCAUAGGGAAGUUUUGCUUAAUGGAUGAGAAAAUUGCAAAGGCUACAAUUCCUGUAUUCGUCAAGCAGUUGAAGUUGAAUCCUGACCAUGUGAUCAGAAACAAUAUAGCGAUGGUCGUUUGCGAUCUGUGCAAAAGGUAUUUGAUAGUUUAUCAGUAUCUUUCGCAUAAGUUGUAA